AUGUUCAGGGGCGGUUCAACCAAGCCUGAUCAGGGCGCUGAGGGAUCACGAAAACCACACCAGAGCCCACAAGCUCAAAGGGCCUACAACCAGAUGCGGGAUGUCGAGGAAGAAUUCAAACGUCCAGGGCACUUCAGAGAGGCCCUGCAGCAGCGCGAACGGGGAAGACAGAACGGCAUCAGUGACAGUCCCUACCUCGAGAUCCCAUCACCCCAUAUUAGACGACAUAGAUCGCGUACUGGUUCAAUCGGCAGUACUGGCCCAGCGUCAACACAAGGCUCGGAUGGAGGAGUCGAGGACAGCGGGCGCAAGAGGCGUGGUCAUCGUACCAAACCUUUGGAAGAACCCCAGAGACUUAGAACGGCAUUUAUUCGGACGUACGUUGGUGCUUGCGGAGAAUGUCGCACACGUAAAGUCAAAUGCACACAUUUUGAUGACACCGAGCUCGAGGCAAACUACCAGGCAUCCAAACAGUCAAGACAUCCAUUAGCCCCAAUGUCACCAAGGCCCCAGGUUCCCAUCAGUUCGCCGGGGCCAUAUUCCCCAGUUCAGUGUCCAAACGAACUUUUCGGAGUUGGUAGCCACACCUCUGGUUGCCCUAACCAGCCGAUCGUCAAUCACCACGACCAUCUACCCGACGACAUCGUGCUCGAAAGCCCAUCAACACUGGUCAAUACUUCCAGGGAGCGUUUAUUCCUUUCACGCGAAGACGCCCAGAUCAGCGUUAAUCCAUCCUAUAGCCCAACCUAUAGCCCAGCAUACUCUACCCCUCUUGGCUUUGAUGAUUCAUUCCUCAACUCUGAUCCCGUUUCUCCGAUGCUGUCCUCGUCAGCUUGUUCUGUUGGAGAUGUUGACAAACCUCUUGGCUUACUCAUCAGCAACUCUGCCACCAACAACCUCAUCUGGGAAUGCAAACGAGGGGCCGUCGAUCCAUGGGCAGUUACGCGCACCGAUAGCGAAUCGUAUCAAUGCCACGCACGCUUUCCAAACCACAUUUCUUUUCUGGAUCAUUACAGGACUCAGCACGAGCCCUUCGUCAACGAGAAGAUAGUACGUAGAUGUACGUGCUGCGGCUAUUUCGAAGGGCCUUUCGCUUCGAGAUGCACAAAAUGCCAAAACAGCUUUCACUUCGUCUGCAAUGCCUCUGGCCUGUUGGACACAUGGUAUUACGGUACCAUGAUGUCCCCUGCUCCCAGUUUGACGGCUGGCACAUCGACGAUAACCACGGGGCAAGGCUUCGGAAACGGACUGCUGGGCCCUCCAUCGUUUGUCGGAUCCAACUCUUCCGGACCCAACUCUCAUGUAUCCAACUCUUACGGAUCCAACUCUUACGGUAUCUACGGCAGCAGCUAUGCCGGCUCCAUGAGUAAUCGGACUUUUGGAACAGCACCAAUACCACGGUCUGAACACGCCUCUGCUCACCAAGCCCACCAUACAACCCCAAAACUCGAUCUUGCUCGUGCUCACCACAACAAGAACUCGAUCUCUCCCACAAAGGAGGACCACCCAACAAUACCUCGCCUCGACCACCACUACUACCACCACCACUACUACUUUCCCAAAAAGCCAUUCUCAUUCGCGAAAUGCCGCGCCUUCCCAACGACAGUUUUCCUGAUUUCUGUAUCAGCUGAAAUCUCGUUGGAUCUUAUAAAUCCCAAGCUCAACUUCUGCCUUGCAUUGGUGCACUUUCUCAUCCUGCUGCUUCUACUUCCUUUGGGCUUUUCAGACAUGAAUCCCACCACCGCCUCCUCUUCAUCGUCUAUGAUUGAGCGGAUUGCAGAAGGGACUUUGCGAUAUGUUGGGUCAAUGAGGCGGCAUGGGCACAUACCGUUCGUGCCGGUUGUGCGUAUUGCCGUUGGGGUGUUGGGGAUGUGGAUUGUGAGAUCUGGAUCUCAAUUUGUCCAAGAGGUUGUUGCUGUGGAGGGAGUUACAAGUCUGUUACCGAUGUAUUUGAUUGCAUAA